AUGGAGCCUCAGGUUCGCUCUCUGCGUUGCGAGUGCUGGAACCGAGAUUCCAAAAGAGCUUCCGGAGGUUCUAUACAAAUAAAUCAGAAAAAAAAAAAAAGAUCGGCGGGGGGGGGGGCGUCUACCGCGAAUUGUUAUGGUGUGGAAGAUAAAAUAUAUUACGAAGAAGACAUGGCCGGAGGGCGGAUGGCGCCGCGGCCUGGCUCCCGGAGCCGGACUUUCUUCGUCCACUGGAGAUCGCUUGUGCCGAACCUCCUUGCCUUCUUCCUGGGUCUCUGGGGGGCUGGACCAAUACAUCUCCCGAUGCCCUGGCCGAAUGGCAGGCGACAUCGGGUCCUGAGGCCCCCACACGCAGCCCGGUACCCCAAGGCUCCAGGCUGCGGAAAGCCGGUAUCUCCGCGGGGGAUCAAAGCCUGGCCGCAGGUUCUCCUGGAGUGGCGAGCCUCUCCCGGGAGGGGGCGCCCUUGUCUUUUUAAUGGUCUUAGCACACUGGUGGAAUAAAUCUUUAAGAUUCCA